UGUACGUCAGAUGUCACGAAUCGAUUAUGACAUAUUUAUGAGAUCAACAGAUUUGGUAGUUCUAGAAUCUAUAUUGUUUGUUACAGAGUGAAAAAUCUAUUUUCUUAUAAUUUGUUGAGAUACAUUUUCAUAACUCUGCCUUUAUAUUUCUGUUUUCGAGAAACCCAAACAUAAAUCUAGAUUGCAAGACCCACUGCUUGUACAACAUGCCCCCACGACCCCCCAUGCCUCUACAAAUUGCUUGAAUUGAGGAUAUCCAUUUUUUUCCCCUGACCCAGUAUCAAGUGAGUAAAACUUCAUCAUGACUAUGUUUAUUCCGACUAAACCGCGGAGACCCGUGUAUGCAAGUUACACAAAUCCGGGUCCUUAUUAUAAAAUGAACCCUUUGCUGGGGGACAAGGGCCAUGACAAAAACAGUCUCUUUCCAAAGAGACCUGCUUAUUAUAUUGGUUUAAGAACACAGCAACGACUGAUCACAGAUACCCCCGGCCCUUGUUAUUUGUUAGACAAUCCAAGUGUAUACCGUGAUGGCCUGAAAAGUACCCCAAAGUACUCAAUUAAAAGCCGAAGAGAAGAACACAACGUAGACAAAACUCCAGCACCCGGUGACUACGAUGUGAUAAAGUGUACACUGUCAGGUGCCGUGUACCCCAGCCAACCAAGGUGCAUCUUUGGAAAAUCUUCAUUUCGACGUGUUCCUGAUGAUACGCCAGCACCUAACGCAUAUACCUUACCCCCAGUAUUGACGCAUACUGUCGACGCCAGCAAAACACAAGCACCAAUCUAUUCCAUGCGAGCUAAGUUUAUUUUUGGCCACCCUUAUGAAGACUUCUCAGAGACGCCUGGCCCUGCCGCUUACAAAGCAGCCAAUCUUGACAUCGUCAACAAGAAAUCCCCUGGAUUCACCAUGCGACCAUGGACCAAUCUUCCCAUAGAUAACACCAAUAAACCAGGACCAGGAGCUCACAGAAAUGAAAUUGUCUGGGAUAGCAGAAAGAAGAAAGCACCUGCUUUCACUUUUGGCAUUCAUCAUUCACAGUAUAUCACUCCAUUUAUUGAUAACUGUAUUGAGUACGAGUGAUGAUCAGCAAAUUUGAAUAGUCACCACCACCAUCAUCAUCAUCAUCAUCAUCAUGUUCAUUGUUUUGUCAGAGGACCAGAAAGAAUGUUUCUAUAUUGAAUAUAUAUCGAUUUAUCCCCACUGA